UGGUUGCUAGCAGCAGUGAGCAAACUUUCAUAUUCCAUCAAAGGUUGGCAACUCUGGCCGCAUUAUUCGAUUUGAGAUGUUGCUGCGAAGUACACACAUAAAAUUUCAUAAUCAAUUCGCAAUUUAAUACGUAAAAUAAAAACAAACAAACAUUCUUUAAAAGCUUGAAUUAAGCACAAAUCGACGCUUUAAAAUCGUUUGAUGGAGGAAAAACAAACAUUAACAAUGGCUUCAGCGAAUUUCAGCGCCAAAAAGGAGACGGAGAAUGACAAUUAUAAAGAAGCCGAUCAAAAUAACAACAUCGACAACAAUGACAGCAACAAUAACAAAGAAAUCCAGAAGCUAAAAUACGAGUUGCCGUCGGAUUACAAGUACGAGGUGCAUAAGUGUGUUUGUCAUCGACCUCAGAAGGUUUUUGAGUGCGGACGUUGUCAUCAUUAUUUCCAUGGCAGGAUCAGUGUGCAUUGUCAGGUGCAUCCAAGGGAUUGCUUUUUAAUGGACUUUUGCUCUUGUCCAUAUUGCUUUACAUCCACGACAAAUGUGAUGGAAUCGUCACUUAGUUGGGAUCAAGUCCGCAAAAUUGAAGAUGCUCAAUUACCAGACAGCGAUGAAUUCUAGAAUCUAGAUUUAAACGAGUUUGAUACUCGCCAAAGGCUAAUUAGUUUUAAGUCGUACAUUUAAUAUGUACAUUCAGUAUUAUAAUCUUCGAGUUAUAUGUAAUAAUAAUGUAAAAUUAACCAUAAACUGUUACUCUCC